GCCACGGCCAUUGCAAACAUACCCAUGGAGUGUGACAGACUGUACACGCAGGCACGCCAGACUGAGUCCAUACCCACUCCCGUGUCCAUUUAGCUGCACAACAAGCAUUCCCUUCCCUGCCCCUCACCAUGCACAUGCCCUCCAAUCCAUCCAAUCUGUCCACCCACCCAGGCAGGCAGGGAGGCAGCCACUCAGACGGCCACAGAGAGUAGGAUCGUCACAAACCCAGCAGACAGCCAGCCAGCCAGCCAGCCAGCCAGACAGCUGAGCCAAUGGAAGCAAAGAGUGCAGCAAAGCAUCGCAACUUUGUACCCCCACACCCCCACCCACCCUCCACGGUCUGCGAGUGAGUGUCCUGUGUGCAGCGACAAGGCAGCCACGUUCCCUCCGCCCCUCAGCCAUGCAACGACCUCUUGCAUGGCUGAGAGACACUGUCUGUGGCACACACGAGCUACAGCACACACAUUCGUUUGGUGGACAAAACAUAGCAUGUAACAUGGCAUCCAUCGCACGAAAAACAGCAGCAUCAGCACCGUGCAUCCAUCCGUCCGUCCAAUCGUCUACCUCUCCUCUCUGCCCUCCUUCUAGCUGGCCCCCUUGCCCCAACCGCUCUACAUGCGUGCGAUGCCCCUGCCGAUGGUCUCGACGCCGGCCCUGAUGCCCUCUGCGAGCUGCUCCGCGCCCUCCCUGAUGUCCGUGGCGAGUGCCCAUGUGCCCAUCAUGAGGUCUUGGUCACCCGACCGGACCUCCCAGAUGACGCGCCCAUAAUCAUCUACUUCACCGGACGGCUCUCACCACUCCCACUCCCCCGUCCAUGCGCUUGGCCGCCAGUGCGCCACGGGAUGCUGGUUGAUGGCCCCCACUGUGGGCACCAGGCGGGCGUUGCACGCCUUGUAUUGGGGUGCGAGCAUCGCGAGGGCCCUGAAGAGCUCCGUCUCGAUGUCGCUGAGGGUUCCGCGGUUGGCCAUGUCCGCGCUCAUGCCCCUCGCUGUGAUGCGGCAGAUGGUGUCCAACCAGCUCUCGGCGUACUGCAGCUGGGGUGACUUGAGGGGGAGGGUGUCGAGCGGGCUGUCGACCUGGCCGUGGUAGGAGAGGGGGCGGCCGUCAUGCUGCAAGAGGGGCCUGCCCAGGCCCGCGGCGGUGCGCAGCUCUGCCUUGUCAGUGCCCUUGUUGAUGGCCACCCCUCUGGUAACGGCAUGAAAGAUGCUCGAGACGCCAUACACCGCCACCGACUCGUCCACCCUGAUCUCCUCUCGGCCGUCGGGGUGCAGCAGCAGCACCCUAUUGGCGUGCAGGUCUUCUCGCACCUCCUUCAGGGCGUCCUUGAACUCCUCCCUCCCCUCCGGCCAGUCAGCGGGCCUGCCGGACUGCAGCACCACGGUCUCGGGCGACCGGAACCAUUUCGUGCUGCCGGGCCGCUGAUGCUGAGCCGCCUGGGUGUCGGGGUCCAGAGGGAUGAAGGCGCUGCGGCUGCUGGGGUCCACCGUGACCAUGUUGCCCAGGUCAAUGGCCCGCACGCCGUUGUCCGCCGGAUAGCGGUGGGGGUGCCGUUUGACGAACAGCACGCGUCGGGGCAGCAUGAUGUUCCUGUAGAAGCUAUCCAGGAGAACCGCGCCGCGUGACAGGGCUCCCUGGUGGGCCUGCGUGACCAGGAUGAGGGCCACGGUGAUGGCCCUGAGGUCCUCGCGAAGCCGCUCCACCUUCUCCUCGAAGCUGCUCUUGCUGCUGCGGAAUCGCUCGGCCACAUUCAGCAGGUUGAACGAGCCGGGGCGUUCCUCACCGUCCCAGCCGAACAGCUUGUUCGUCUCGACAAACCCAUCAGGGCCUGCAGGCAGCCAGUGUGCAAACAGGGAUACACAUCUGAUAUGUUCUGAUCUGAUCUAAUCUAAUGUGGCUCACCAAGGUAUUCCAUUGCGAUGCACAGCACGGCCUCCUUCGUCCCGUCGCUCUUGUGGUAGGUGGCUGGGCUGUGGGGAUGGGUGGCGGCCGCGAGAACCGGCAGGAAUGGCGGCCGGCCGGCCAUCUGCAGCAUCUUGCUCUCCUCGAUUUGCAGCCCUCGCACCUCGUCGUCGUCGAAGGUGCCGUCCUCCUUCGGCGAGAGGCGCUUGACGGCGGCCGUGACGGGUGCGCCGUUGGGCUGCCGUAGGACGCCGAGGAGGACGGGCUCACCCUUGCCCUUGCCCGCUAUGGCGCCUUCCCAGAGCUCCACCCACUUACGUACCCACUUCCCGUCCUGGAACUUGGGCUGGAAAACGAUGCACGCCGGCAU